CACGGUGCCGGCGGGUGCGAGGCAAGGCUGCAAUUCCAACUUCCGAUAGUGCGAUUCAACGAGAUUCCAGCCUUCAACUCUCUCUCUCUCUCUCUCUCUCUCUCUCUCUCUGCGUCGUCUACUCCAUCUAUCCGUUUGACCCAGAUAGCAUUUUCAAAAGGGUGAAGCUAAAGAAACAGUUUGUGGAAGGAGCUAAAGGCACAAUUUUCCUCCCAACAAAGGCGGCUUGGCAGUCGCCUGAUUGAAUCCGGCCAUGGAAAAACAGCUCUUGACAGAAUUUGAAUUGGCGGCCAUUAACCAACUGGAUUCACAUUUUCCUUUCCAGGCCUUAAGCUUUGCUCUUUCCCUCGUCAGCAACCCGUCCACCACCCGUUCUUCCCUCUCCUCUGUUCUCAAAACCCUAACCCUCUCCCUCCAAAAUCCAAGCCACCCCCACAUUCACCACCGCGCCGUCCUCUCCGCCCUCCACCUCCUCUCUCGCCGCCACCCUAGCCUACGACAAGACAUCAUAACCGCCAUACAUUCAUUCUCUCUCCUUCCUUCCACGCCCACUCGCUCCCUUGCCGACUCCUUUUCUGUUCUCCUCUCCCUCUCUGCCGCUGACGUCAACAGCGAAUCGGCCUUCCUCUCGCUUGUUUUCCGGCCAUGUGUCUCUGUCAGGCUUUGGCUGGUGCGGAAUGUGAGUAGGUUUGUGAUAAGGCCGUCUGUACUGUUUACGGUUCUGUUCGGGCUUACUAAGGAUCCGUAUCCGAACAUCCGUAGCGCUGCUUUGGACGGGCUGUCUGGAUUGUGUAAGUGCAUUGUGGUUGAAGAUGAGAAUCUUGUUCAAGGCUGUUAUUUUCGUGCCGUUGAGCUUCUGUUUGACCAUGAGGAUACCGUGCGAUGCUCUGCAGUUUGUGCGGUUAGUGAAUGCGGGCAUUUGCUUGAGAAAGGUAGAGGUGAUUGGUCAGAUACGUUAUUCGUACAGCUCUGUUCGAUGGUCAGGGACAUGAGUGUCAAGGUAAGAGUGCAAGCUUUUCAUUCUCUUGAGAAUGUUGACACGGUUUCAACAGAUAUUCUUUUGCUGACCCUAUCAAAGAAAGCCUCACCAGCCAUGAAAGAAAAGAAUUUUCCUGGCCAGUUCACCGCCAAAUGCCUUAAACUACCGGCAUCAAGUGCUGCUUUUGCUUUUGUGAAUGGGUUGGAGGAUGAAUUCUAUGAGGUACGUAGUUCAGCCUGUCGUGCCUUAAAGAGAUUGACCAUCCUCUCUGCUGAUUUUGCGGGUGAAGCUGUAAAGAUUUUGGUGGAUGUACUUAAUGAUGAUUCAUUGGAUGUUAGGUUGCAAGCUUUAGAGGCGAUGCAUAGCAUGGCAAUGUUUGAUUGCUUAAAGGUGCAAGAAACAUAUUUAAAGUUGUUCAUCAGCACUCUCAUGGAUAGUGACGGUUUGAUAAGAUGUGCAGUGAGGAGAAUACUUAAGAUAACAAAACUUCGGACUUUAGCUUUGUUCAGAACAUCUAUUGAUGGCCUUAUAAAAAACUUAGAACUCUAUCCACAGGAUGAAGCCGAUGUUUUUUCUACUUUGUUUAAUGUUGGUAAAAAGCAUGGGAAGUUUGUAGUGAACAUGAUGCACGAGGUCUCUCAUUUGAUACAGCCUUUUUUUGGAGGGAAGUGGAGCUUUGACAAUGCAAAAGCAUCUUCAUGGUUGGUGUUGGCAAUCUCAGCUCCAGUCUCACUAGAAAAGCAAAUCUGCAGCAUUCAACCAAUUAUAUUUUCUUAUGCAGUCACAAUAAUGGGGAGAAUAUCACAUGGCUUGACUGAUGUAAUGGACCAGAAUAACCUUCUCACUUAUCUUUCUAUUUGCAGCAGAUUCACAUUUGCUUCUGCUGCAGAGUUCUUCAAUGGGGAAGAGUGUGCUUUCCAUGUUAAGCAAGGUGAUGCAUACUUGAUUCAUAAAGCUAUUGAUGAGGGCUCUUCUGAGAAGAUUUUUGACUUAGAGAGGAUAGAGUCUCUAACAGCUGUUCUUCAGAAGGUCAACGAAAUUUGGCCAUUGCUAGAACUCGGAUUGAUGGACAGGGCAUCUAGAAUUUUAGGAUGCUUGAAGGCAGAGUUGAGAAGACUGGACAGUAACUCUCAAUGUAGGGGUGAAUUGAUUUUCAUAUCAUAUUUUUUGGAUGCCAUAGAACUGAUUGGAAGAAUGUGGGUACGUUGCAUGUUCCCCAAAGAGUUGUACACCUACCAAACAGGAGACUGGCAACUGUUGUUUGAUAAACUCGAUACAAUCCUAAAAGAAAUGAGGAGCUUGCUGCCAUCACAACAAUGAUGAUUUGGAUAAAUUACGCUCCGGGGCACAACAACUUCUUCAUGAAGAUCAAUCCGUUUCACUUUCCAGGUUUGUCACUGAGCUUUAUGCAUGUUUGAAUGGAUCCAUUUCAACGGAUCCAAAUCCGUUCUUGCUUCUAAUGCCACUCAGGGAAUUCAAACCGAGACGAUUAGAUUUACCACCACGUGGAAAGCUCAAAUGUAUUGAGGCCCUAAUGGAUGAUCUUGGAGGCACUGACUUUCAGAAUCCCCUUCCAUUCGUUCCGGGCCUACCCGUUGGUGUUUCUUUUGCAAUCACUAUUCACAACGCAUCGCCCGAAAAUCAGCUUUGGGUAAAAAUGAGCGUAGAACAGAUGUUAACCCAGUUUGCAUAUCUUGAUAUGGUCGAGCUCGGCGAAGGUGUUGAUGAUGAUGCUGCUGCGGCUGAAUCCAGAAAGUUUAAGAUUGUAGUGCCCUUUCACAAAACCCCUAAAGCCAGGUGUUUCUCGUUGAGGGUUUGUGUUGUCGUAGAAUGCUUAUUGCCAGAAUGUGCCCAGACCAACAAGAGUAUUGGUGGUCCAAAACAUGAUGUUGUUCAUAUCUGUGAAGAGAAACACGUGUAUUUCUCCAUGUCUGUUCCAUAGUUUGUUAUGGACCUACCACCACGGGAAGAGCCAACUGUGAGCCGGAUUGAGAAGAUGCGACGUGCACCGGGAUGACAAUGAGAGUUUGACGCAUUAAUCUUUAUUCAUUUUUAUUUAAUUGUAGUAUAAUUUUUUAAUAGGUGAGCGAAAUAAUAAGCUCCUACGAGAGGUUUCUUUACGGUUCUUUACAUUGUCGCUUUUCUUGAACCGUUAGAAUAGAAAACCUAGUCUAAUUAAGAUUUGUGCUUUUUUAAAGGCUAUAGAUAUAAUUUUAUUAUUUGGAGAUAGAGAAUAAUAAAAACCCUAAACCUAAAGUCCUUCUUGCCUCUGUGUUGACAUUCCAGUAAGUGAUCUUUUCUUCCUCUCGUCAAAGACUCUAACGAGCCCGAAGGCACUACAAGUCUUUUUUAUCCGAUACAAGAUGAAAGCGAGCCCGAAGGCGCUACAAGUCUUUUUUAUCCGAUACAAGAUGAAAGCAUUAGUGAUAGGUCCUGUAUCGGAUAGAGAAGAUUUGAAGUGUUUUCACGCUCGUUAAAGUUUGUGACGAGAAGAAGAAGAGAUCGCCAGCAGGGAUGCCAAGCGCAAAGACAAGGGAAUUUAUGUUUUAUGGGUUUUAUUCUUCAUUUCAAAAGGAUAUAACUAUAUUUAUAGCUUUUAAAGAAACCCAAAUCCUAAUUAGACUACGUUUUCUAUUCUGACGGUUCAAGAAAAGCGACAAGGUAAAGAAUCGUAAAAGAAGAAGCUUAUAGUUUUGCUCACAUAUUAAAAACUAGAUUACAAUUAAAUACUCCAUAAAAGUGAAUAAAGAUUAAUGCAUGUCAAACUCCCGUUGCUAUCCCGGUGCACGGUUGGCUCUGCCCGUGGUGGUAGAUCUAUCACAUAGUUGUAUACCCUCUAAUACACCCAAGGCUGCCGUUCUCUGGCUUCUCUAGCAAUUUGUAAGUUAUGUACCUUGCACUUUAAAAAUGAAUAUUAAUGUUGAAA